UUAUUCGUAACGCCACUUAAUUUGACAUAAAAUUUAAAAUCUUUCUAAGUUUAUUCCAAUAAAAGAUGCCUUCCCUGCCCCCUUCAAAUUCACAUUAAUUCCUCUAACUCCAUUCAUUCUUAUUGCCAUGGCAGAAAAAUAUAGUAUAGUUUUGCUAGGUAUAAUGGAUCAAUUAUGGUUCCAUCAAAUUAUUCUCUUUUCAAAAACCCCAUCAAUUUCAAUUCCUGAAAAUCCCCUGCCUAUUCAAGACUCUCUAGCAUCAGUUGAAUCAGAAAACACUCUUCUACAGGAUGUUUGUGAACACGAAAGAGCAACAGAAAACAUGUCUGAUUCAUCAUCACCUAAAAGACAUUCAGGAAACAGAGUAUUGAAGAAAACAAUGAGUAAUUACAAGAGUUUUGGAGAUCUCGAGCUCGAAGAAUUACGGGGUUUCAUGGAUUUAGGAUUCAUAUUCCGCAAAGAACAUAUAAGCAAGAGAAUGAUAAAUGUAAUUCCUGGAUUACAGAGACUUGAAAUAGUGAUAUGCGAAUGUGAAGAUACAAAAGCAAUUGUAGCAGAGGAAGAGGAUAAAAGGGAAAUUGUGCGACCUUAUUUAUCGGAGGCAUGGCUUAUUAAAAGGCCUAAUUCACCAUUGUUGAAUAUGAGAAUACCAAGAAUUUCAGCACCUUCUGAUAUGAAGAAACAUUUGAGAUAUUGGGCUAAAACAGUUGCAACUGUGGUUAGGCAAGAAUCUUGAUUUUCUGUACAGAGUAUCUCGCGUUAUCAACUCGUAAUUAUUUUCAAGAACUUAAAUUCUUUUCACCAAUCAAACAGAGAUUAUUGGAAUUUCUCUUGUUUUUUA